UGCAUCUUCCCAAGAUAAAAGGAUAAAAGACAGCAUCACGAUCAGAAACAACAAAUAGAAGAAGGAUGCAGUGACACAACAAGUGACAAAACACUCCCAAGAAGAAAGCGAAAAAAGUCACAGUGCUGUCUUAUGUUAUUUUAGACUCGAUUUUGGCUAGAACUUCAAAUAAUAUAUUGCCGUGCUUUGUCUUGCAGCCAUGCCACUCUCGGACACAAUGUACUGCUCUGAGCAGAUCAGGAUCCCUCCUGAACUGCCCAGCAUCCUCAAAAACUUCACCAAGGCAGCCAUCCGAACACAGCCUGAGGAUCUGCUGAAGUGGGCUGUGGAAUACUUCACUGCACUGUCACGGGGAGAUGCUUUGCCUGUCAAGGACAGAUUGGAGAUAAAUGUUGCCUCCCAGAACGAGGCGGAGCUGACUCCAGGUCUACUUAAGACUCUUCAUAAACAGCUGUCCAUGAGGCAAACUUGUAGCAGGGAUGAUCUGCAGAAUGAAUGGAAGGAUCUGUGUCUACCAGAGGAUCAGCUGGACAUCCUGCUAUCGCUGGGCAGCUUUGGUUCAGAAAUUGAGUGGAUGGAGUUUUUUGCCCUGGGCUGCAGUUCUCUUGGAGGGACCCUAUUUGGUUCUUUGAAGUUUGCCUGCGAGAUCCUGACAGAGGACAAGGGUGCUGUGGACAGUAGUGACGCGAGGAUCCCAUUUGACACCUUUGCCCAAAUUUACACUUACCUGGCUCAUCUCGAGGGGGACAUGCCACAGGAGGAGAUUGACAACUUCCUUGGCUGUCUGCAAAAACAAACGGACCUCCAAAAUGGGAUGAUAAGACCUGUGGACUUCAUCCUCGGCGAGCACACGCCUCUGGACUCAUCAAGCCUCACCAGAGACGCGUCAAGAUCUGAAUAGGAAGGGAAUUCAUAUUUAAAGCUGUGUUGUGACAGUGAAAGACGAGUCUGAUACACACAGAAAGACAGAAACACAAGUUUUUUACUACUCGUGACCAUCUUCAUGGCGAGGUGGGAUGAGCGACCAAAGGUUGCCAUGGUUACCCACGACAGGCACCAGUCCAUCAAGCAAACGUUGUUGUUGUUGUUUUUUUCUUUUCCUCGUAAGCCUCAUUAUCUCAUUAAUGAAACAAUAAUCUUAUAAUCUCCCUAACUGUGACAACACAGGAGCAGGUGUGGCAUUAAUUAAUGAGACUCAAACUCCUUGUGAAGAUUAGAUGAUCUCAUUUACGUGUAUGUCAAGAGGCGGUGGUGGAAUUUUCCAGUCCACUGUGGUGUUCACUGGAGCCAGUAUCCUGCAGACGUUAGUUUUUACAAACACCUCCACAAACACUCAGCCUCACCAUUACAGUGAGGUUACGUGUGGGUGUGUGUGUGUGUGGACAGUCUUUACUUCUGCAGGAUGACCCAGACUAUUGUCUUGUGCUGUGACUUCUAUCUCUUGAAUUGAAUUCUACGUAAUCUUUUUUUUGUUUGAUUGUGUCUGUGGUCGUGGAGCAUUUGCAGAAUAUGUUAACGAUAAAUAAAGUUGAUUUGUCGAGG